AUGGCGUCGCUGGAGUUAGAGAGAGAAAAGAUCGAAUUGAAGGAGGAGGGCGCCAUUGAGGCAGCCGAAUUGGCCCCUCAAGACCCUCAAGCCGCUGCGGCUGCGGAGAAAGUGUUGGUGGAUGAAACCAGGAAAGCUGGCCUUCCAGCCUACCAAUUUGAUCCAAAUGCGACCCCCGAAGAAAAAGCGGCCGCGGCAGCAGCUCGACUACCUCCGGGCUUCGAGCAUGACAGGAAACCGAAAGGAAUGGCGAUCAUCACGGACAAGGAUGAUGGUACUCCUGCCCAAUACGAUCUUCCCCCACCGAAAUCUGCAACAGCCCUGCUGGAUGAAGAGAAAACAGAGACUGCUCAAGGAGAGAACGGUAUGACCGAGGACUUGCGAUGGGCACGAGACAGAACUGGCUGGGCUCCUCGGUUCCACGAGGAGCCGACGGAGGAAGAAAAGGCAGAAGGGACGUUGUUGGACCACCAAGACUUUCUGGAAGGGAGAUUAGAUGACAAGUUUUUCGGCGAUUGGUACCACAAUGCUGCUAUCAUAGUUUUUGCUUGUUUGUCCUCCUGGAUCAUUGCGAUCCUAGGUGGGGGCUUAGGCUGGAUUUUCAUCUUAAUGGCCGCCUGUAGCACGUACUACCGGACAUCGAUUCGUCGGGUCAGGCGAAAUUUCCGCGACGACAUCAACCGCGAGAUGGCUAAACAACGUCUGGAGACCGAUACCGAAAGUUUGGAAUGGAUUAACAGUUUCUUGGUCAAAUUCUGGCCCAUCUAUGCGCCUGUUCUGUGUGACACGAUCAUCAACUCGGUCGAUCAGGUCCUCAGCACUUCGACUCCGGCCAUGCUUGACAGUCUCCGACUGAAAACGUUUAUUCUGGGCUCGAAGCCUCCUCGAUUGGAGCACGUGAAGACUUAUCCUAAGACAGAGGUUGACACAGUCAUCAUGGAUUGGAAAUUCAGUUUCACCCCGAACGAUACUAUGGACCUGACAGCUCGUCAAUUGAAGAACAAGAUAAACCCCAAAGUUGUCUUGGAAGUUAGAUUGGGCAAGGGUGUUGUCAGUAAAGGUCUAGAUGUGAUUGUCGAGGAUAUGGCUUGCAGUGGUUUGAUGAGGGUGAAGGUGAAGCUCCAGGUUCCUUUCCCCCACAUUGAGAGGGUUGACGUCUGCUUCCUGGAGCGCCCGGAGAUUGACUAUGUUUGCAAACCCCUGGGCGGUGACACACUUGGAUUUGACAUCAACUUCAUUCCCGGCCUAGAAACCUUCAUCAAGGAACAAAUCCACAACAAUUUGGGCCCUAUGAUGUACACUCCCAAUGUCUUCCCUGUCGAGAUUGCGAAAAUGCUUGCCGGAAAUCCUGUGGAUCAAGCGAUUGGUGUCGUUGCUGUUACACUCCAUGGCGCUCAUCAUUUGAAGAAUCCUGACGCAUUUGCUGGUACUCCUGAUCCAUACGCAAGCGUCUCCUUGAAUGGCCGUACGGAACUAGGACGCACAAAGACCAUUCACGACACAGACAGCCCAAGGUGGAAUGAAACAAUUUACGUUAUCAUCACCUCGUUCUCUGACACUUUGACUAUUCAGCCAUAUGACUGGAAUGAGUUCCGAAAGGAUAAAGAACUCGGUACUGCGACCUUCCCCCUGGACCGGCUUGAAGAGGAGCCAGAGCACGAGAGUAUUUACCUGGAAGUUAUGGCUAGUGGCCGGUCCCGUGGUUCUGUUCAUGCGGAUAUCCGAUUCUUUCCCGUCCUGGAAGGAAGAACGCUUGAGAACGGCGAAGUUGAGCCAGCCCCAGAACUGAAUACGGGUAUCGCUCGCUUUACAGUCGAACAAGCUAAGGACUUGGAUGGUACAAAGAGUCUUGUCGGUCAGCUAAAUCCCUAUGGUGUUCUCCUCUUGAACGGAAAGGAAAUUCACAUUACGAAGAAGUUAAAGCGCACGAACAACCCUAUCUUCCAAAAUGCUUCCAAGGAAUUUUUGGUCACCGAUAGAAAGAAUGCUCGACUUGGCUUGGUAAUCAAGGAUGAUCGUGACCUUGCCAGGGACCCAAUCUUGGGUACCUACCAGAUCAAGUUCAAUGAUAUGCUCAAAAUGAUGGAGAAAGGCCAGGAUUGGUUCCAUCUCCAUGGCGCUAAGACAGGGCGCGCCAAACUCACUCUGCAGUGGAAGCCUGUUGCCGUGGGUGGCAUCUCGGGCAGUGCUGGCUAUGUUGAUCCAAUCGGCGUGAUGCGCUUCCACUUCAAGAGCGCAACUGAUCUCAGGAACUUAGAAACUAUGGGCAAAUCUGAUCCGUAUGCUCGCGUACUACUCUCUGGCUACAUGAAAGCUCGGACAGUAACGUUCAGAAGUAACCUCAAUCCCGAGUGGGAUGAGGUGGUUUACGUUCCGAUCCACAGCGCUCGUGAAAAGCUCACUUUGGAAGUUAUGGAUGAAGAAUCCGUCGGCUCCGACCGAUCACUGGGAUCGUUUGAAAUCAACGCCUCAGAUUACGUCCGCGAGAACGAGAACGGAGAAUACCUCACUGAUGACGAGAAGCAGCAUAUCUCCAGUGAUCUCCGCAUUGGCCAUGGUCGAGUAAAGGGAAAACUCAAUUACACUGUCGCAUUCUACCCCAGCAUGCCUGUUGUUAACCCUGAUGACGAGGUCGAGGAAGAUGAUCUGACAGAAGGCGUUAAUGGUGAUGAGGAGAGUAGCGAUCAGCCCAGGAAGAGCGUGGACUCUAGACGCAAGAUCUCGCAUACCAAAUCGCCUAGCACGGACUCCAAGGCUGCUACAACAAAUGGCACGAAUGGUACAGCGGAGUCGAAGACCAGCCUUGACUCAUCUAGGCCCGCUACUAUCAAGGAUUCUGAAACGAUGUCUGUCAGGUCCAUGAAAGAAGUGCCAAAAACUUUCAUUUCAGUGGAGGAUAUAGCGCAACAUGAGUCUGGCUUCCUUGUCUUCAAGUUCCACGAGGUCCACCUUUCUCGCAGCAAUGUACAAGUGGAGGUUUUGAUGGACGACUAUAUGUUCCCUGCAUAUACAUCACCUAAGAUCCGCUCCAAGUCUGCCCAGAUUGAAGACAUUGGUGAUGCUUUCGUGCGUGAACUCGAAUUCUCGAAAAUUACGCUUCGGAUUGUGGACAAGGACGAUGCUAAGGCGAGUAGUGACGAGCAUACUGUUGCAAAACUUACAGGCGAUACGCUUUCUACUUUGCAGCGCAUCUUGUACAACCCAACCGAACUCGCUCUGCGAUCGGACAGUGGGGAAGUAAGUAAGGUCACUGUUAGUGCUCGGUAUAUCCCUGUACAUAUGAAGCUUGACCCAUCGGAAAGUAUCAACAACAUGGGAACCUUACGAGUGGACGUUCUUGAUGCUGCUGAGCUCCCAUCCGCCGAUCGAAAUGGCUUCAGCGAUCCAUACUGCAAAUUCCGUCUCAAUGACGAAGUGGUCCACAAGACCAAGGUACAGAAGAAGACUCUUCACCCGGCCUGGAAUGAAUACUUCGAAACACCUAUCAAGUCUCGGAUCGCGGCAGACUUCCGAGUGGACGUAUAUGAUUGGGAUUUCGGUGACAAAGCAGAUUAUCUGGGCGGUACCCACAUCGAUCUUGGAAUACUGGAUCCCUUCCAAAGCAAGGAAAUCUCUCUUCCACUUGAUGGCAAGUCGGGUGCAAUCCGACUGAAGAUGCUGUUCAAGCCGACCUAUGUGAUGCGGUCUCGGCAGGGUUCCUCGACCUUCUCCGGCACCUUUGCUACUCCUGGGAAGAUCGUCGGAGCACCCGUGAAGGGUGUCGGAUUCGUCGGUGGCAACGUCAUCAAGGGUGCUACUUUGGGCGCUUCUUUCUUGAAGCGCGGUAUCACGUCGCGAUUCCACAAAGAUGAUUCUUCGAGCAUCAAUGAGGUCGCAGAAGAUGCGGAGGACGCAGCCCAGCUGGAGGCACCGUCUGUUCUAGUUGAGGGCAACACUCCACCUAGCUCAGCGCAAAAUAAUAACUUGCAGCACUCGCGCACCCGGAGUGUGGCUUCGCAUUACAGUGAUAGGCUUGGCCUCGCCGGUAAAGGAGAUACGGGAACUGCUACGAUUACCGUGGUAUCUGCCACCGAAUUCCCUCCGUCGGCUAAUGUGCGUGUCAUUGUGAAAGCCCUUGGUCCCAAGCCCAAAGAGGUGCUCAAGAGCAAGGCCCACAAAGCCAGUGGUGGUACUGUGCAUUUCGAUUCGUCGCAUGAGACCUGCCGCGUGCACAAUACCACAGCCGAUGCGCAGUAUCAAAUCCGGGUUGUUGACCAUGCCACAUUUGGUUCCGAUGAUGUUCUCGGAGAGGCACUCUUUUUCGUUGACGACCAAGGCUCCGUGGCCGGACAGGAGAAAGUGGUGAAGGUUGGUAGUGGUUCUGUCGCUAUCCGCAGCAGCUUCUCGGGAUCCGAAUCUGCCCUCCGGCCCGGCACCGCUCAUUCGAACGGUGGAGAUGCGGCGUCCGACGUAAUGGACAGCCCAGAUUCCAAGAAGCCCCGUCGCAGCUUCCUUAGCAAGAGGAGCGUUAGCGGAGCAUAA